AUGAGUCUCGCUCACGCUAAUAGCAACAAUAAUACUACUGACUCUAACCAAAUAAAUGAUAUAAACGAUCAUAACGAUAUAUUGUACAAGUAUAAACAAUCUGUUCAGAAAAGACUAGAUUCAGGUGAUCUAUUAAUUUCUAAAUUAAUACACGAAAACACACUAUUAAAACAACAGUUGGAUAAUAAACAACAAGAAAUAGAUAUACUACAGGAUAAAAUAGUUAAACUAGACGAAAUAUGCCAAAAUCUAAAUCGUGGUAAUUUGAAAUGUAAAGAAGAUAUAGAGAUUAUUAAAGAUUUUUUUGAACACUUGUGUAAAGUGAGAGUACACGAGUAUAAUGAGGAUGAUCAAGGCCUAUGGUUUGAUAUUAGUCAGGAAUGUGGAGUUAUUGCAAAUAAUGAUACUCUGAUAAUGGACUAUAAACUAGGUUUUAUCAAAUCAUCUGCAAAAAAGAAUGAAAAAGAUGAACAACCUUCUAAUAACACAGAGGUAAUUUAUAUACCCUUAUUAAAGCAGCGGUCCUUAAAAGAGUUGAAGUUAUUGCAAGAGCUGUUACCCACAUAUAUGUUUGACACUUUAAGUUUCCCGUUGAAGUCUUUAUAUCAAUUUUUCAAUAAAUUGAACAAAUCGUUGAAUAAAAAAAAAAAGUGA